UGCGGCUUUCACCGUUCGCCGGUCUACACAAAAUCCUGGUGGCAUUUUUCGCGUUUUACGAUUUAUCAAAUUUUCCGUGUUUGCGAUUUCCCAGGAGGUAAAACUUUUUUUUUCCUCCUCAAUGGUACUCUGUGAAUAUUCAUGCUAUCGUGUCAUUUAUUGCUGCUGGUAGUUGGUUGUUAUUUUUUGUGUUUGUCUUACGUAUAGCCCCCCGAAGUGCAUCGCACAUCUGCAGAGUACUCGCGGGGUAAUACGGGGUGGAAAGGAGAGGAGACUCAAUUGUAAGGGUAGAGAGAGUGGUGAAUUGUGUCAUCGUAAAUUUGAUUGCUGCCUCUUAUUCUUCAUGUCGCAACCAACAUACAUCCCGGCUCCCCAUCAAUCCCCCAACAACUGACGAACAGACAUUUUUUCUACUCUCCAUACUUCUUCUUCGUGCGAUUAGGAAUUUAGCCGCCCCUCACCUUGUGCUGCGGGGGCCAUAUAACUUCGCCCAUGGAUUAUUUUCCACUCAUUAUUAUUAAAAGAUGUCGCACAAUGGAGGACAAUAAUUUAUAUGGAUUACGUCUCCACCGAGGACUCACAGAUUAGUUUCGUUAGCCAUAGGCCUCAGCUGUUGGUGAUACCGAAGGGACUUGAGAAUUUUUUUUUGCCUGUGUUAUUUUUCCACAAGGAGAUACUUCUGUGCUUGGUGAAAAAAAAGGAAAAUUGUUUUUUUUCCUCUGUGCUCUAACCGCAGUUUGUCUCAGUGAGUGGCAUGGACAAGAUAAUAAAUUAAUUACUCACAGAACCGUCCCGCACGAGAAGAAAACCAUUGAAAAGUUUUUUUUCUUUCCAAUAAAAAUUGCGCCAAUUUCCACGAAGCAAAAAAGAAUUAGCGCAAUUUCUGGAGUUGCAGUGUAUGUGGUGACACCAUUCAGAGGGUGGUGCACUUAUUUAUUAGUUCACCAAAGGAACGCGGAGUGUUUCUGAGUGCACCAAAGCACAAAAAGGUGGUUUACAGUGUUGGUUGAUUGUUGGCUUUUCAGCACGAACACUGCGAGUUAUUUUAUGAGUGAGAAAAUGUCCAAAGUGGUUUAGCCGCCACUUGCAAAAUUACGAGCGCGCUGUAACCCUCCCCCAAAGUUCCCUAUUAUACAUACAUAUGUAUGUGGAAUAUAUAACCAUCCUCAAACACAAUUUAAAGUGAGAGAGAAAAAAGAGAAAAAAAUAUAUCAAGUGGAGUACGCAAAAGUGUUACACAUCUUUUGACAUCCUUGAGCACGAAUUUCCACAGAACGAGCAAAACUUCCUUGGGGACUCGCAAUUCAUAUCUCCGUCUGGAAUGGAUCACCCAAUAACAACACCACCCAGACGCCGGGAGUUCAGUGAAAUGUCGGGGAUGUUGCUGCACAAUUCUGAGUCAUGCAAAACCACCCCGGGCAUUACGAGAAAGCUCGAGCCACACCAUCGUGCACUUCUUGAGAGUGGAAGUCAGAGCGCAAAGUCGUCUCCACUGCCCCAUCGGCGUCUCGAUAAGCUCGAGGGUGUUAUCCGGGAUAAGCCAACGGGUCUGUGUGCCCGGAGAUUCGACGAUGAGCUUAAUUCAUCUGCAGACUCAUCCCCAGCUGUGGGGAGGAAGUUCUCGGGCGGAUGCACGGGGAUGCGUCAUCAGGAAACACCAACGUUGGGCAGGAGGCAGCUUGAGGCGGAGGGUGGUGGUAGCCCCAUGGCGAGACGACGUGUGGAUUCGGAUCCAUCACGAAGAAUGGGUGGACGCUGCCCCAAUGAUGGGGAUAUGUCACGAUCUGACGAUUGCACUGGGGUACGGCGAAGGGAUGUCUUUUCAUCGCCAAUGAAGGGAAUUCUCGGGGAGCCGGGGGUCUUUUCAUCCCCCAUACAUAAUCGCAAAAGUGCCGGGGAUACAGCGGCGAUUUUCGGUGGUGGUGUUGUCCCGAAAGCCGGGAUGGUGGAUGAGCAACUUCAGACACGGAGUAGCCGCACCGAGGACGAUGAUGGUGGCGAAAUGCCUUGUCAACCGGAUCAGACCAUCGUGUCGGGCUGGCUAAAGUUCCGGGACAACAAGCGAUGGAAAAUUCGUUGGGGCGUCGUGACGAAGUUGUCUCCAGCAGCAGGUAAACCGCAACAAUAUCAAUAGAAGAUUAACCGCAAUUAAUGCGGAAUGAAACACGAGGUUUAUGGUAUCAAAGGCAAAUAACCACGAUUUGGUUACUUUCCCGGGGGUAAGUCAAUCACGCUUUAAUCAACUUUUGGGGUUGGUUUUGUGGCAAUGCCACAGAGUAAACAAAAUCUCACUUGUUAUGGGUGGAAAAUUAAUGUAAAUAGCUCAAGAGGACAGUUCAAAGGGGGGAAAAUACUAAAGAGAAUUUUUCAUUGGAAAGAAAAUCUCUUUUUUCAUUUUAUUUAUUUUUACUUAAUUUCAUUUGAAAAAAAAAA